GGAGCGCAGCAGCGGUCAUCUACCCCAACUACACAGCCUUUAUAAUCCAUCAAAUUACACUUGCAAGCUUGCCUCAUCCAUGACUGAUAGCGUGGGCCCUCAUUAGUUUCCUUGCCCAUAAAUCGCCCCAACCAUCACUACAUUUCAUUAAUCCCAUUUUCCUAGAUCUCAAAUUUUUGCACUUCCCGUUGUUUUCUCCGCUUUCUCUCGAUUGGGCUUCUCCCCUACUAGUUACUUGUUUCUAAUCUAAUCGCCGGAAACAUGAAGGUGACCGUUACUACUCGGAGCGGUAGAGAGUUAAUCAACGGUGGUCUUGUUCUUGAUAGCUCUGCUACUGUGGCUGAUUUGCAGGAAGCAAUUCAUCAACGGCUGAAGAAGUAUUAUCCAUCCAGACAGCGCCUGACCCUCCCCCUCCAACCAGGGUCAAAGGCGAAACCUGUUGUCCUCCAAUCCAAGAAAAGUCUCAAAGAGUACACUAGUGGAAGUUCCGACAACAUUACUGUAGUGUUUAAGGACUUGGGUGCACAAGUUUCGUACCGUACACUCUUCUUUUUUGAGUAUUUGGGCCCACUGAUCCUCUAUCCUGUCUUCUAUUACUUCCCAGUGUACCAGUAUUUUGGUUACAAAGACGAACGUGUUAUCCGUCCAGUUCAGACAUACGCAAUGUACUACUGGUGUUUUCACUAUUUCAAACGUAUCAUGGAGACCUUCUUUGUGCACCGAUUCAGUCAUGCAACCUCACCUCUUUCAAAUGUCUUUCGAAACUGUGCCUAUUACUGGAGUUUUGGCUGUUAUAUCGCUUAUUACGUUAAUCACCCUCUUUACACACCCGUAAGUGAUCUCCAGAUAAAGAUUGGAUUAGGAAUUGGGUUGAUCAUGCAACUUGCAAACUUGUAUUGCCACAUCAUACUGAGAAAUCUUCGCAGCCCCAGUGGGAACGGAGGAUACCAAAUUCCACAAGGGUUUUUGUUCAAUAUUGUGACUUGUGCAAAUUACACAACUGAGAUUUAUCAGUGGGUGGGCUUCAACAUAGCAACACAGACCGUUGCAGGUUAUAUAUUUCUCGUGGUUGCUGCCUUCAUCAUGACUAAUUGGGCCCUGGCUAAGCAUCGUCGUCUCAGGAGGCUAUUUGAUGGGAAGGAAGGAAGACCCAAGUAUCCUCGCCGAUGGGUCAUAUUGCCCCCAUUCCUGUAAGCGACUACAAUUAUGGGUUGUGUCUUAUUUCCCUUGGUUCUGGAUCAUCAGAUAGAUUUGGUCGUAUCAUGAGUUCGUUCUAGUCAACAUGUUCCUAAAAUGAUCAGAUGUUUUACUUGUUUAGAACAUUAGUUUCUUGUUGGGUUGUGAAUCAUACUGCUUCUAUGAUUAAUUUUUCUAGGUCUAAGCUGUUUUACCAUGUGUACUUGCCACAGCUCUAUCAGAUGGGCUUUUGAAUUUACCUGAUUUGUGUUAAUUUGAGUCUUUCUUCUGUG